UACUGCCAAGUUACCAUAGAAACGAUUAUUGGUGGCAAGAACAAGUUCGCGCUAAUGCACUAAUAUACUGGGAGUUUUUAGAAAAAUCUCCGUUUUUAGAGGUCGGAAGAUCUAGAACUCAGCCAAGAUGGCUGAAGUUAUGCAUGGCCUGGUGUCGGAAGCCAAAAAGAAUCGGUUUUCCGCGAUUCCGAAGCUGACAGAAGAAGAUAUUGUCAGUGUUUGGGACAAUCUGUCGGACUAUAUUGCAAGGCAAAUGGGAUCUCAGAAGGGCGUCAGUGUUCCUGGUCUAGGGAUAUUUACAUUUUCUCAGAAGAAACUAGACGUUGGAAAUAACAAGUAUAUUUUAAUUCAGCGGCCGGUGUUUGUAUUAUCAGAAAAGUUUGCCAUGACUCAUGGACUAAGUUACACCAAACACUACACAACAGGUCAGAUACCUGUCGUCCAACUGAAUUUUGUAGCAUUAUCCAAUAACACCUCAUUUGAUCGUGACACUGUUGAAAGCUGUGUAAAGGAAGUCCUUCAGGCGCUGAACAGAUCCAUCCAAUCCAAGCGGAAUGUAGAGUUCCAGUUUACAGGGAUUGGACGUUUGUCGAUUAGAGACUCAAAAGUUAAAAUGAAAUUUUACAAAGAUUUCCUUAGAAGUAUGGAUGGCUCUGGUAGUUUGCUGCAAGCCCUUUCAAAUCGCCCUGGGACUGCCGAUUCUGUGAUUUCAGAAGCAUUCACUCCAAGACCUCACACAAGCAACACUCUUAUUUUACCAAGGAUCCAGCCUGGUAGUGGCAUCGAUGGAGCCCCUCUUAAGGUUGGACGGGAACAGACCAUGCCGACCAUUGAAGAAGAGGAUAGAGGCACCACUGUGAGGGGUGGCCAAGACAAUACCGGACAAGAUGACUUGCCGCCUAGGGUGGAGCCCAUCCCAAGAGUCGAACCCAUUCUUGGUAACCCUAACGAAGAAGAAGAUCCCGAAACUACAAAAGUCCAGAGAAGUCGAAGCGUUCGAGGCAUUCUUCUUCCAACUUUACCGCCAAAAAGUCCUCCGCGACAGGCCCUGCACAGCUCACAGGGUCUCAGGCCGGCUCUGUCGCCAGCGAAAGCGGUGGCGGUCAGCUACGGAGGGAAUGGGCCCGAGCCGGUACCCACACCCCCGAAGUCAGCGAGUCCGCGAAGACGUGCUCCAGAGACGCCCCAGGCCCCCGCAGACACGCAGACACAGGGACAAGAAAUGGAGGCUGAGCCCCUUGGAAGAAGUAACAGCGGUAUGCUCGCGUCGCACAGUUUUAGUCAGCUCCAGCCUCCUAAGCCUCCGCGGUCAGCUAUGAACAGCAGGUGCACGCUGCAUGGCGACCGUGGCGGCCAAGAGCUCUGCUACUUGUGUCACCAACGCGCUGAGAAGAACGUCCCCGUGUACUUCUCUGAGGAGCGACGGCGUAAAGAGCUUGAGCAGGACCGACUACUGCAGCAUUACCAGCAUCAGAAGGACUCGGAGGCUAUAAUAAUGGAACAGGCCAAAAACAUGGAGAACAGACGAUAUAACCAGAAAGUGGCGGCCUUCAACUUGGGCGUGUCAGAGGGAAUCAAGACUAAGAAAUCUACCCGUCCAACCGAAUUUUGUAGAUCUUACGUCUUCCAAAACAGACCGCUGACUCCGCCACGAUAUAUCAAACAAAACGAGUACUCGCAAACGCUAGCAGAUCAGGUCACUUCGAAGAGUAACAAGCUGACUCGGUUGAACCGUGAGAAAGAGUUCCUGGAGAGACUGGAGCAAGUCCAGCUUGCCGAAGAUCUAGCUCUUCAAAGGGAGCAGUAUAUGCGAGAGAAAAAACUCGCCAACGAACUCUACAAAAAGGCACUUGAUACACAGAUUGAGAUCAGGAACACGAUAGAGAGUACACUUCACGCUAACAUCAAGCCGCCUUUCGCCCUAAUGCGCAUGUCCAUGUCGAGAAUGAUCACACCAUUCGCAGACUCACUCCUCCUCAAGCCCCGAAUCCUGAUAGGAAGCGAGCCGGGCAGACGGGUACGGUUUAAGCCUCUGCCUAUCCCCGCCCUGGAGCCAGACAGUAUUGGACCAAUAUUUGGGAUCCAUGAUGCAACGGAGGAAAAACUUGAAGAACAGCGUAACCGGAACCGGAAGUUGUACAAGGAACAGCUCGAUAUGGUGUCCCAGAAAAAGCGUGAGGCUAUUCUACGCGACUUGAAAAGCCAGAAGGAAGAGUCUGACAUGCUAGAGCGCACCAAGAGGGACAUAAUCUUGGACCGGACAUUGCGUCAUCAAGAAAUGCUGGACACCCGACGAAAGCUGGAGAACUCCUGGGCCGAGCACGUGACUCGGAAGAAAGACCGCGAGGAAGAGGAGCGCAUGCGAGCCCAGUCCCCCGGGAUGCUCAUUCACGAGCAGUGUGAAAAGUAUCGCCGCUGCAAUCAGUGCAGGCGCAGACCCCAUAACUGCGGAGAGUCAAACGUCUGGAGCGAAUCACGAUACAUCCCUGGAUCGAGGAUCAUGGUCUAGGAAUAACCGCUGAUCUUUUAUCAUUUUUAAGAUAAUACAAAAAAAACUGGCACAGACACAGUUGUGCUUUGGAAUAAAGCUUUUAUUAUGAGGAUCUAGAACUAUAUUUUAUUUGUUGGCACAAGUAUUCAACUUGGUCUCAAAUAACAUUUAUCUUGAGAAAGUAGGGGGUAAAAUACGAGAGACCAGAACUAAACACCGUGAAAUAAGAUAGAUCUUUCAGCUCUUCUCUUUUAUCUUUUUGAGUGAUAAUAUAAUAGUACCUUCACAAUUCUAAUAUAAGUGUGUGGAAAGUGUGUUAUGUCUAACUUCUCUGCAUUUCUAAUAAAGAUUUUGUAAAUAUA